AUGGGGCCCCAGGUGCCCCCGCAGCUGGCUUGGAAAUGGCAAGUACUGUACAUGUUGUCCUUGUCUGGCUGGGGCUGGGUGUCUGGGCAGCUCCGAUACUCGGUGGUGGAGGAGUCUGAGCUGGGGACACUGGUGGGAAAUGUGGCUCUGGACGUGGGCUUGAAGAUGACAGAACUGGAGAGCCGCCGGUUGCGACUGGGCUCCGAGGAAAGCCGCCGGUAUUUUGCCCUGAAUCUGGCCAGCGGCGCCCUUGUGGUCAACCAGAAGAUCGACCGGGAAAGGCUGUGCGGAGCCACCACCAGUUGCCUGUUGCCAGUGCAGGUGGUUACUGAGCACCCCCUGGAGCUGUUCCGUGUGGAGGUGGAAAUCUUAGACCUCAAUGACAAUUCCCCCAGCUUCAGCACCCCAGAGCGAGAGGUGAGAAUCUCUGAAUCAGCUGCUCCAGGGGCGAGAUUUCCUCUGGACAGUGCCCAAGAUCCCGAUGUGGGUACCAACACUGUGAGCUCUUAUAUGCUCAGUCCUAAUCUCCAUUUUUCCCUGGAUGUGAAGACGCUUAAAGACGGGAGGUUAUUCCCCGAACUGGUCCUGGAGCGAUCCCUGGACAGAGAGGAGCAAUCGAACCACCAGCUGGUGCUCACUGCGGUGGAUGGGGGCACUCCGGCCCUUUCGGGCACUACUCUUGUUUCCAUUACUGUGCUGGACAUAAAUGACAAUGCGCCGGUUUUCGAGCCCUCUCUGCUAAGGGUGACCCUCCCGGAAAACACGCCCCCGGGUAAGCUACUAGUCCGCCUCAAUGCCACAGAUGCUGACUCGGGCCCCAACGGCCAGCUGGAGUAUUCUUUUGCGGACCACACAUCAGAGGCGGCCCGGGGGCUCUUCAGCCUGGAUUCCCGCAGUGGCGAGAUCCGAGUACUGGGGCCCGUGGACUUCGAGGAAUCGAGUUUCUAUGAGCUCCACGUGCGGGCCCGGGACCAAGGCCAGCCCUCUAUGGAGGGCCACAGCGUGGUGCAGAUAGAGGUAGAGGAUGCCAACGACAAUGCCCCUGAGGUACUGCUCACCUCCUUGGUAAACCCAGUGCCCGAAGACACACCUGUGGGUACUGUGGUGGGACUGUUCAAUGUGAGGGACCGAGAUUCAGGCGUGAACCGACGGUUGACCCUGGAAAUCUCUCCUAAUCUGCCCUUCCAGAUUAAGCCCUUUGAGAACCACUACUCACUGCUGACCAGUGAGAGACUGGACCGGGAGGCCACUGCUCACUACACCAUAGAGCUGCUGGCCCGAGACACUGGCUCUCCUCCGCUACAAACCAGCCUCACCAUCCUACUCAAUAUCUCCGAUGUCAACGACAAUGCGCCUCGAUUUUCACAGCAGUUCUACAGCGCCUAUAUCGCAGAGAAUCGGCCUCCAGGCUCUCUGCUCUGCACAGUGGCAGCCUCGGACCCCGACGCUGGAGACAACGCCCGCCUCAGCUAUUCCAUCGUAGGAAGUCAGAUCCAGGGCACCCCGGCCUCCUCCUUCAUCUACAUUAAUCCCGAGGACGGACGGAUAUUUGCCCAGCGUACUUUCGAUUAUGAGUUACUACAGGUGCUUCAGAUCACUGUCGGGGUUAGGGACGGGGGCUACCCGGCCCUGCGCGCCAACGCCACUCUGCAAGUGUUCGUUCUAGAUCAGAAUGACAACUCGCCGACAGUGUUGCAUCCUCGUCCAGGCCGAGAGGCUGCCUCCCCCCAGAGGCUUCGGCGCUCGGCUCCCCCGGGUUCCUUAGUCACCAAGGUUACGGCAGUGGACGCCGACUCGGGCCACAACGCCUGGCUCUCCUACUCGCUGUUGCCUCAGUCGACAACCCCAGGCCUUUUCCAAGUGUCAGCUCACAGCGGAGAAGUCCGCACAGUCCGUGCCUUGCAGGAGGGUGACUCAGACACUCAGCUGGUGGUAGUUCUGGUGAGGGAUAAUGGCGAGCCCGCGCUUUCCUCCACUGCCACCGUGCUUCUGGUCCUGCAGGACGAGGAAGCCGAGGAGCUGCCCCAAUCCAGCGACUUCCUCACGCACCCGCAGGAGGGCUCCAAUCUCACCCUCUACCUUAUUGUAGCACUGGGCUCCGUCAGCCUCCUCUCCCUGGUCUCUUUCACCUUUUUGUUAGCUAAGUGCCUGAGGAGGGGCGGGAAUGGAGAAGGCUGCUGCAAACGCCAAGACUCGCCUUCCAGGGAUUUCUAUAAGCAGUCUAGUCCCAAUGUGCAGCUGAGUUCUGACGGCACUCUUAAGUACAUGGAAGUAACUCUUCGGCCAGCUCAUUCACAGAGCCAUUGCUACAGGACUUGCUUCUCUCCGGCCUCUGAUGGAAGCGACUUCACUUUCCUGAGGCCACUUAGUGUCCCACAGCCCUCGGCUUUGGCCUUGGAGCCUGACGCCUGCCUGUCUCGCUCCAAUACACUGAAGGAGCCGGGCCAGCAAGCCCCGCCCAACACGGACUGGCGUUUCUCUCAGGCCCAGAGACCAGGCACCAGUGGCUCCCAGAAUGGUGAUGAAGGAGGCACCUGGCCUAACAAUCAAUUUGACACAGAGAUGCUUCAGGCAAUGAUCUUGGCUUCCGCCAAUGAAGCUGCGGAUGGAAGUUCGACCCUUGGCGGUGGGGCAGGCACCAUGGGGCUGAGUGCCCGCUAUGGGCCCCAGUUCACCCUGCAGCACGUGCCUGACUAUAGGCAGAACGUGUACAUCCCUGGCAGCACUGCCACCUUGGCCAACGCUGCUGGGAAGAGAGAUGGCAAGGCCCCUGCAGGUGGCAAUGGAAACAAGAAGAAAUCUGGCAAGAAGGAGAAGAAGUAGGGUCAGCAUUAGGUCCCAAGCACAGGGCCACAGGGCAACUCCCCUUCCACCACUCUAAGACUCCCUCCAGUUCCCUGAACCCUCAGAAUGUAGGGGAUCACCCUCAGGCUGCUGGUGGGAGAUAUGGUGACCCCUCCCUCUUGGGAAACACAAAUAAGUGCCCUGUGAAUACCCCCUUCUGUGCCUCCAGAGGGAUUGAAUAUGCAAAGGGGGUACUGCCACAAGUCCCCAAUACAAAUGCUGUACCCAUGGGAACAGUGUAGAUACAGAGAUUCAUAUAUAACUCCCCUUCUUUCCUCUAUCCUUAGUUUAGAAGCCCCAGUUACGUUUUAAAUUCCCAUACACCCCGUCCACCUCCCAUCAACAAGAUUGACUCUGUCUCCCCCUCCCAAACUUCUCAUCUCCCCCUCCCUUCGUUGGGUAUUAUGAGACCUUAGGCUGAGUGGCCUUAAGAUCUGGGGAAUGGGGACAGGCCUGUGCUUGUCUCAUACCUGUGGAGAGUUGUGGAAGCACAGUAAUCGCUGACUCCCACUUCCUAAACCAACUUCAAAUAUUUUAACUUCUCUUACUUAUUCUUACCCCUUAUCCCUCCAGUGCCUGAAAUCAUAAGUAGAUCACAGGUGCUUGGGGACAAAUGUACUCAUCACCCCAUGAUGCUGGCGUGGACUGGAUUUGGGGAAAAUUUUCUACCCUCCGCCUCUGCCCAAGGCCCCAGUAAAUAGGGACCAGGGUUGGGUUAUGGGACCAUUUCCUUUCAGAGUUCAUCUCCUAUACUUUCUCCACCCCUUCAGCAAAAGAAUCCAUUGCAUGUUGGGAAAUAGCAUGGCAUGGUGGAAUGAGUAGGGAGGGUGUAGGGAGGGGGGGACCUUUCCACUAGAAAGACAGACAAGUCUUUGGUCAGGGUCUUUAAGAAGAGGUUGUGGGCUCUCUCACUACCAGUUACUGGUUGGGCUCCCUGAACUAAUCAAUCCCCCAUAUUCUCUAAUUGUCAGUGGACAAGAGUGCUCUGGGUCAGGCCUGGUCCCCUGGACACAAAGCCUCAGGCUCGUGGCUCUAGGGCAUGUCACCUUGGCCACAGGGGAUUUAAAGGGAACUAAAUGGCAUCCAAAUGAGAUCGAGUUCUUGCUUGGUAUAUAUAUGUACAUGGGGACACGUAUGGCCAUGUUUAGAUGGGGGGGGGGAGUAAUUCAGUAAUUCAGGCUAGGUCACCCGAACUAAGAGAAAUUUGCCAGGGCAAUGCAGACACAUUAAUGCUCUCUUUUUUCAUUUGGUAGGAAAGCAGAAAGGCUCCGUGCGGCCAGUCCUGGGGCACAUUGAGUAGUGCAGGAGCCACCCCCUCCCCCUCGAGUUUGUGCAUGGUGGUCUGACAUACAUCAUGCUCUCUGUCCCCAAACAUUAGGAAACAGACCCAGGAGCAGAGACAGCUGUCAGGGGAGGGAGGAGGGGCUCUCCUUUAGCUCCUCGUUAAGUCCGCCCCCCCCCCCCCCACCCUCUCAGGUGCCAUUUAUUCUACUUUGCCAUUCCCUGCCCUUUCCAGACUCUCCUGGGCCCCGGGUACUCCUUCCCACUGCUUAGACGUCCGCCUUCAUCUGUUCCUGACCUCGGCCCAAGCGGCCGUACUAGUCCUGUUUACACGAGGAGACCCUCCCUCCCUUUCGCCCCUCCUUAAUGUAGUGACUAGUGACCCUGCCCGAAACCCUUGAGCGCUGUAGAGUAGCCGUGUGUAGCUAGUGCCGUGUGCUUGCUUCUGUGAUGGCCGGCGGCCCGCGGGCCGGGGCUUUGUCUCCGCCUGGGCCGCUCGGUCCGUGCUGUGCUUAACGCCGUGUCCGUGCGCUGCAGCCCCCUCCCAGCAGCCUCGCCUCCCAGUGCCCACCUCCUUGCCCCUAAUAUAGAAGCUUCUCUCUAAUAGCCACGUAGCCCCUCCCCCCCCCGCAAGUUUUAUACUCUAAUAUUUAUAUAGCUUUUUUCUUUGGGAAAACAAUAAAACGGUUUCUUCUGA